AUGAGAUUUAGAAAAGCCUUAGGAAUUGAUCCAGUUGAGAGAUUGGAUCUAAUCUUUGAAGUCAAAGUCCUUGCAAGACCAAUAAGAGUAGCACGGAAGCACAUGGGCGAGUUGUGCUAUGGCAAUCGACGGCAGGGCAGGGUAGGGAAAGCGGGGCUUUGGCCGCUCGAUGGUUUCGAGUUGCCUAAAGGCUGGGUGCCCUCCUCUCCUGGGAGACCUACGAUCAGAAAGAAUAGUUGGUUACUAAAUGCUGGAAGUUCCCCUGUGGCUGCCAACUCAGCGCUGCUUAGCCCUCUGUUGCCGGAGGGGGAGCUUCCUUAG